AUGACUUCUCCUGAAAGAGCACGCAAGAUCGCUAUUGUUGGAGCCAGUGCUGUGGGAAAGUCUACAGUUACUGUCCAAUUCGUGGAAAAGCAUUUUGUUGAAUCAUACUACCCAACCAUUGAAAACCAAUUUUCGAAGCCUAUUACUCACAAUGGAAUAGAGUAUACCACCGAGAUCAUCGAUACAGCUGGUCAAGAUGAAUUCAGCAUCAUGAGCCAGAAAUUAUUAAUCGGAAUUCAUGGGUAUAUGCUUGUAUACGCAGUUACCUCGCGAGCUUCCUUUGAAAUGAUCCCUAUUAUUAGAGAUAAGAUUUUGAAUGCUACUGGUACUGACUCCUUACCAAUGGUUAUUGUUGGCAACAAAAGUGAUACUGAUGAGAGCCAUCGCCAAAUUUCCACACAAGAAGGCCAACAACUUGCCCAAUCACUGAAUAUUCCAUUUGUUGAGACUUCUGCUAAGACUAACAGCAAUAUCGACAAAGCAUUUGCAACUCUCAUUGCCGAGAUUGAGCACACCACUCCUACUGACGACAAGUCUAAGUGUGUUAUAUGCUAA